AUGUUAUGGUCGAUUUUUCAAGUGAUCAUAGCUGGAGCUGUAUUGGCCAACACAAAGGCAACGUCAGUAGAAACGAACACGGCAAGGACAAAACCGAAUUGGUUUGAUCCUGUUCUUUCAUCGAAUGCAUAUGUUGGUCAUAUGAAAGAAAAUGAACGUAUUGUUCACCUUGAACCUCAUCUGUACGCAUCGGAUGCUGAUCCAUCAAUGUCUCCUACGGGCAAAAUUUGUGGCUAUGAAUUAUCGUUACAUAAGCAUGAUGAUACAGUUAGUGAAGUACCACAAAAUAUUCCAUUUAUAGUUGAAUUCAAUAAUGAACAAGCUAUUAUCAAACUUAAAUCUAGUAUCGAUAAAGUCGAUUGUGAAAUAAAACAAAAUUAUCGUUUAUUUAUACGUGCAUAUGAUUGUGGUAAUGAUAAUCAACGUCGUUAUUCGGAAAGAUCAUCAUUAAUUAUUACAAUUGAUGACAUUAAUGAAUUUGCACCAGUUUUUACACAUAAAAAUUAUAUAUUUAAAUUACAUCAAGAUCAAAUUUGUUCAUCAUGUCGUGUUGAAGCAACAGAUGAUGACUGUGCAAAUACCAAUCAUCGUGUAUGUGAUUAUCAAAUAAGAACACCUAAUGUUCCAUUUAGUAUCGAUUCAAAUGGUUCAAUAUCAAUUACAAAACCAUUAAUGAAUGAUAAUUAUGAAUUUGAUGUUGUUGCAAUUGAUUGCUAUCCAUUAUUAUCAGAUGUUAAUACAAAAUUAGUUAGUGAACCAACUAAAGUUACAAUCAAAGUUGUUAAAUCAUGUAAACCAUCAAUAACAGAUAAUAAUCCAACAAAAUUAACAAUUCUUUCUGAUCAUACACAUAUAUUCGAUACUGUACAUGUUGAUACAUGUGAUGAAACGUGUGCUGUUGAAGAGAUUGCUGGUAUAGUUACAUUCGAUACUAAUGGAAUCGAUAGUGGUUGUAAUCUUGAACAAUGUUCAUCAGUUAAUCGUGAAUAUGUUUUAAUACCAAAAGAUGUUGAUUAUAAUCAAGCACCUAAAACACGUUCUAUGUCAUUUGAUGGUUUUAAUCAAGCUUCAAUUAUUCCUAAAGCAGAUUUUUCUGGUCAAUUAAAUAAUAAUUUUACUAUUCGUAUGUGGAUGAAACAUUCAAAUGAAGAAAAUAGUGACAAAGAACAUAUAUUUUGUAAAAGUGAUGAAAAAUUGAAAAAUCGUCAUCAUACAGCUUUAUUAAUUCAAGAUGGUCAGUUAAAAUUAUUAAUACGUAAAGGUCCAUUAUCAUCGAAUGAUAAAAAUGUCUAUACAUCCGAAUGGGUAUGGAAUUUAGCACAAAUAAAUGACAAUCAAUGGCAUUCAUAUAAAUUAUUUGUCAACUAUCCAAAUAAAAUUGAUUUAUAUAUCGAUGAUCAAUUAUUUAUCGCAACAAAUGAUAAUUUUCAUACGGUUGAAGAUUUUGCAUUACCAACUAUCGACGGAACUGAAGGAACAGUUUUUGCAGUGGGUGCUUGUUGGCAUGGUCGUGCAUCUCAUAUGGUUCAAUAUUUUCAAGGAGAUUUAUCAGGUCUUAUAAUCGAACAAAAAGAAGAAUUGUCACGUUCAAUUUCUUGUAUACAAGAUUGUCAACAAUAUCUUGACAUGCCUGAUGUUCAGACAGAUUCUGGCAUUGAAUUUAGUAGUAAUUCAAAUCGAACUAUUUGGAAUUUACGUACAGAUUCAAGUGAAUCAUUUGAACAAUUAUUAAAACAUAUUGUUUAUCGUAAUACAUUUGAUCCAAUUGGUCCAUCGGGUCAACGUACAGUAUCAAUACAAACAAUAAUAAAAUGUUUAGGUGAAAAUUAUACAUAUAAUUUACCAACAUUUUCCCGGCGUUUAGCAAUUGAUGAAAUAAUUCAUCCAACAAAUAUUGAACUUAAAGGUGAUACAAAUUUUUAUGUACCUGAAAGUGUACUUGAUCAAGGAAUAUAUUUAUUUCGAAAUUUAUCAAUACUUACUGAUGCUAUUAAAAAAGAUCAAGUUGAUAUAAGUGAUUGCAGUAUAAAUACAACACCUGAUUUAUCAAAUGAUGAACAAUUUAUUUUACCGGAUGAAAAUCUUGAAUUAAAUAAUAUUCGAAAAGAUCAUACUCAAACUGGUUUAGUACUUUCAGGUUCUAGCUCAAUUGAUACUUAUCGAUUUAUUCUACAACAAAUUGCAUAUGUAUCAAAAUCACCUGUAAAAUAUAUUGAUCGAACAUUUUCACUUGUCUGUAUCGGUGUACAUGAACAAGUAUCAACAAAUGAAAUUCGCGUUCGAGUUCAUGUUGAAAAACAAAUUGCACCACCUGCUCCUGUUGCAGCAGUAUCAUCAAAUAAACUCUAUGUUGACAACAUUCAAAUUGAAGAUAGUUUAUUAGAUAUGGAAUCAAGCUCACGUUUAACAAGUAAUACAUCAAGUAAAAAAUUUAACAAUAAUAAUUCUUUAAUUAAAGUAGGCAUUUCGGGUUCGGGUUCGGGUUCGAGUUCGAGUUCGGGGUAG